AACGGAAAAUUGAAGUUCGCGCAGUGGACACGCAUUUUUACCACAACGGGAAUGCAACAUGGUGAAGUCCCAUUGACCAAUGCACAACUGGAUUUCAAGCAGAGAAUGUUAUAAUCGGACGUAUCUGAGAACAAGCUAUGACAAGUUAGCUGUUUGUGUUGUUAUUUGAAUGUGCUCAAUGAACUUUGAGUGGGAGUAUGAGAUAACCGUUCAUUUUUUAGUGAAAAUAGGUUGAUAUUGUCCAAGAUGUGUGAUGUAUCUCUUGAGAAUUUUCAACGGAUUGUUGAGGGCAUUGGCACGGAAAAUAUUGUAAUUAAAAAUGUAUUGGAUCCUUCAGAAGAAACGAAGAAGGCUCCUGAAAUACAGGAUUUUGAUCUAAUUAAACCUAUUAGCCGAGGCGCCUUUGGAAAAGUGUUUUUGGGAUGCAAGAAGAAUAAUCCUGAACUAGUAUAUGCAAUUAAAGUAAUGAGCAAAAAUGAGAUGGUGAAUAAGAAUAUGGCUUCACAAAUUGUGUCAGAAAGAAAUGCUUUAGCACUUGCAAGGAGUCCAUUUUGUGUUCAACUUUUCUAUUCUUUGCAGACAGUAUCUCAUGUGUUUCUGGUAAUGGAGUAUAUGGUUGGUGGAGAUUUGAAAACAUUACUUAGUAUGUAUGGAUUCUUUGAUGAACCAAUGGCUGUCUUCUAUGCUGCUGAAGUGACUUUAGCUCUUGAGUACCUUCAUAAACAUGGAAUUGUACAUCGUGAUAUUAAACCUGAUAACAUGUUAAUUUCAAAAUGUGGUCAUAUAAAACUCACCGAUUUUGGAUUAAGUCGGGUACCAGUGCACAGAGAUCUAGAGAUUUCUGAUUUUGUUAAUAAUACCCCAAAUGUUGGUGUUGCUAAUGAAUUUAGUCGUACUCCAGGUCAGUUGCUUUCACUGACAUCUCAUCUCUCCUUUGGGUCUAGUCAAAAAGGUUUUACAAUAUAUUCUGAUGAACCACACAGCACACCAAGAUCAACUGUAAAUUCUGCUUUUAAUACAUGUGUAUUACAAGAUCAGACAAAUUUGAGUUGCAUCAGUGGGAAAAGCUUUGGAAGUUCAAAAAUAUCUGAAAGAACAGCAUUUUUCCGAUCACAAACCUUACAUUACAUUUCUAAUAGUUCUGUUUCAAGUAAUGCGAGUAAUGAUACUGGUUUGUCCGGGAUAUUACCAUUUCUUUCUACCACAGAGCCAAAUUCUGGGCAUCUGAAUAGUGCAUUUGAUCAAGAAGAGAAAUCUGAAUCUAGUAGUUCUUUUCAUUCUUGCAAUACCAGUAUUCAUAGUGAUCAACAUGAUCUGGCAAGUGCUAAGGAGAAUAUGUGUGAAUCUGGUGUUGGAGGUCUUGAUUUUUCAUCUCCUCUUAGCAGAUCUAAUUUUAAGAGACCUUUGUCUCGUGGCUUUAAAAGAAAACGAAGUCUUCAGCUAGAACUUUCAGAACACACGAAUCUCACCCAGGAGUUUGUAGGAAUUGCCCUCUCUAAUGAUACUCCUCAAGGCUGUAAGACUCCUGAAAGUGUUGAAGAUCUGAAAAGAAGUCCCUUGAAAAGUGUUUUAAAAUCAAGAAUGAACUAUGAUAUUGAUGAGUAUAGGUGCUAUGGAACUCGUGAUGAAAUAGCAUUUUCUACACCAGUGUCAUCCACUUCCAAAAAUAAAAAAGCUAAAAUAACGAGAUUUGAUUUGCCUUCAGGUGAUAUUUUACAUCAUGAAAAGAUACUCUUGUCACCACCAGAGGUAAUAAAUGUGAGCCCAAUUCCUUCAGCAUCUCAGACUCCAUUCAGAACUCCUAAAUCUGUUCGAAGAGGGAAGAUUUCUAGUGACCAGAGAAUUCUGGGAACCCCUGAUUAUUUAGCACCUGAGUUACUUUUACAACAUGGCCAUGGAUUUGCUGUUGAUUGGUGGGCUUUAGGCGUCUGCCUAUAUGAAUUCAUGACAGGCAUUCCACCUUUUAAUGAUCAAACACCUCAGGCUGUUUUCAAUAAUAUACUGAAAAGAGAUAUUGAGUGGCCUGUGGGUGAAGAAGAACUGUCUGAAGCAGCCCAAAAUGCAAUUGAUAACCUUUUGACAUUAGACCCCAAUUUACGACCAUCUGCAAAUGGGGUCCGAGCUAUGCCACUUUUCUCAAAUGUCAAUUGGGAUGAUAUGGACAGCAUGAAUGUACCGUUUAUUCCACAACCUGAUGACUAUGCUGACACUUAUUAUUUUGAAGCUCGUAAUAAAUUGCUGCAGUUAAAUGUUUCAAAUGUGUCAAAUCCCUAAAAUCUUAGUGAUUGUGAAGUUAAGGAAGUAGGUAUUAGUUGUUUACAAGAUUUGCUCUUGUUUUGAAAUCAUGAAAGUGAAUUCUUGUAAAAUGAUAUUCACUGAAGGCAUACUGAGAACUAUAAAUACACAGGAACAAAAAAGGUUUAUUUUUCAAUAAACAUUUCAUCAAAAUGUUUUUAAAAAGUUAUCUGUAUAUUGUUGGCAAUUCAGAUUUUACAUUUCUAUAUUUGUACAGAGCCUGAACCAGUAAUAUAUUGUAUUAAAUGUCAUGCCUCCUCUCCUGAGAUGGAAGUUUUUAAAAAUUGUCUUAGCAUAAAGGAAAAUAAAACUGAUUUAGAAUGUUAUUUCAAAGCAUUGUGUAGAAUAAUUUCAAUAAAGAAAAUAAAAAUGUUCUGCAUGAGAUUCAAAAGUUACAGAAACGGAUCUAUUUUUUAAGUCGAAGAGUGGAUGAAAACCUGAAUGUUUGUGUGACAAAUACGCUGUGAUAGUAGAUUUUAGAUUAAACCGUAAUUGUUUACAUUUUUAUGACUGACUUGUUAAAUAUUGUUUGCUCUGAGGGAACAUUGUACUUCUUUUAAUUUUUUUAAUUUUUUUACCUGCAUCCAUUGCUUUUAAUCCUUUAUUUCAUUGAUAAAUGUUAAGUUGUUUUUUUUUGAUUUGUUAAAUUAGAAUCUGCCAAAUUUUUAUUGAAAUUAAAUAAAUUUUCUGUUCUUAAUGAAACAAGUUCUAUGUAAUGUCUUCUCUUAUUUUCAUGAAUACAACAAUUGUAAGUGGAAAAAUAACAGUCUUGUGCUAGAUAAUGAUCCAGUUGUCCUGAAUAUAUUUGAGUCCUACACUUUUA